AUGGUGUCGUUCCUCGGAUUAUGUGUCCGCAGUUCUUUACCAAAUAAGCUAAUUGCCAGAAGUCUUUCGACUUCAAGAGCUCUUAACGCUCAAAUUUUCGAGAACGCUAGAGAUGCAAUUAAAGACAUUCCUGAUAAUGCCAAGCUUCUUGUCGGAGGCUUCGGAAUAUGCGGAAUUCCGGAGAACUUGAUUAGUGCUUUGGCUGAAUGUGGACAAAAGGGAUUAACCUGUGUUUCAAACAAUGCUGGUACAGAUGAUUUUGGCUUGGGAUUGCUUCUGAAGAAGAAACAAAUCAAAAAAAUGAUUUCUUCCUAUGUAGGAGAGAAUAAUGAGUUCGCCCGUCAAUAUUUAUCUGGAGAAUUGGAGCUCGAAUUCACCCCACAGGGUACUUUGGCUGAGAGAAUAAGAUCCGCCGGAGCUGGUAUUCCAGCAUUCUACACACCAACAGGAUAUGGAACUUUAAUUCAGGAAGGAGGAUCGCCCAUCAAAUAUAGUCAAACUAAGAAAGGAGAAAUUGAAAUCUAUAGCAAGCCACGUGAAACUCGUGAGUACAAUGGUAUCAAUUACGUGUUAGAGGAAGCAAUUUGGGGUGAUUAUGCCUUGAUUAAGGCUUGGAGAGCAGAUAAGCUAGGAAACAUACAAUUCAGACAAUCAGCCGGUAACUUCAACAAUCCUAUGUGUAAGGCCAGCAAGUGCACCAUUGUUGAAGUUGAAGAGAUCGUCGAUCCUGGUGUAAUUCCUCCAAACGAUGUUCACAUCCCAUCUAUUUAUUGCCAUCGCUUGGUCCAUGGUAGGAACUAUGUUAAACCAAUUGAGCGUCCAAUGUUUGCAUCGGAAGGAACCGUAAAGAAACCAUCCACCCCUGCUGCUAGAGUUAGAGAAGUCAUUGCUUCACGUACAGCACUCGAAUUCAAAGAUGGUAUGUACGUAAAUCUUGGAAUAGGUAUUCCAACUUUGAGCCCUAAUUAUAUCCCAAAAGGAGUCACAGUUCACUUGCAAAGUGAGAAUGGAAUUAUAGGAGUGGGCCCAUAUCCCAAAAAAGGAACCGAGGACCCUGAUCUCAUUAACGCUGGAAAAGAACCAGUUACCCUGUUACCAGGAGCUGCUAUUGUAGGAAGUGAUGAAUCUUUUGCUAUGAUCCGUGGUUCACAUAUGGACAUUACCAUUCUUGGCGCUCUUCAAGUAUCUUCCACUGGUGACUUAGCUAAUUGGAUGAUACCUGGGAAGCUCGUAAAAGGCAUGGGAGGAGCCAUGGAUUUGGUUUCUGCUCCUGGAGCGAAAGUUGUUGUUGUAAUGGAGCACUGUUCAAAAGAUGGAAAAUCCAAAAUUUUACCAGAGUGCGAGUUGCCCUUGACAGGAAAGGGUGUUGUUUCCCGCAUUAUCACAGACUUGGCUGUGUUCGAUGUUGUUAAUCGCGAAUUAGUUCUGCUCGAAGUCAGAAAAGAUUUAACUGUUGAUGAUGUCAAAGCGAAAACCGCUGCUCCAUUCAAAAUUUCGCCUGACCUCAAGGAGAUGGGACAAUCGCCUCUGAACCAGUAA